AUGAGCCACGGCUCUGACGUACGUAGUGUCGCUUGGCAUCCUUAUAUGUCCCUGAUAAUCUCUGGGAGUAAAGAUGCUCAGCAGCCGAUCAAGUUAUGGGAACCAAAAACCGGUGAAUCAAUUACUACAUUGUAUGUCCACAAAAAUACUUGCACGGAUGUGGCAUGGAAUCAAAAUGGAAACUGGUUCCUUACUGCAUCUCGUGAUCAUCUUAUCAAACUUUUCGACAUUCGCUGCCUUAAAAGUGAACUUCAAACCUUCCGUGGUCACAAAAAAGAUGUAAUGCGCCUGGCAUGGCAUCCACAACAUGAAAGUGUCUUCGCUAGUGGCAGUGCGGACGGAGCGAUUUUCUAUUGGCUUGUUGGGUAG